AACAAAUAAAAAUUAAAAUAUCGUUUAGCGCACAAAAACUAUUGCUCACGCAGGCCAUCUCUAGUCCCUACUCAUUUAUCGAUAUCGCAGUCUCCGUUUCGGCCAUCACUACGCUCGACCUAUUUUCAAAGAAAAAAGGCUAUAUUUUGCGAAAAACAUCCCGAAUCGAACGAGAAACACCCGCUCCAUCAGCCCAAGGACCUCCCACAUCCAUGCAAGGCAAAGCGAGGACAAGCCAGACAAUUGCAGUGUAAGCAAAUGUGCACAAAAUGAAAGUGAAAAUCAAGUCAUGGACGGGAGUUGCAACUUGGCGUUGGAUAGCGAAUGACGAGAACUGCGGUAUCUGUCGCAUGUCCUUCGAGAGCACCUGCCCGGAGUGCGCCCUGCCCGGUGACGACUGCCCCCUGGUGUGGGGUGUCUGCUCCCAUUGCUUUCACAUGCAUUGCAUCGUCAAGUGGCUGAACCUGCAACCGUUGAACAAACAGUGCCCCAUGUGCCGCCAGAGCUGGAAGUUCAACGUGCACUAA